AGUGCAUGUGCGCCAGCGUGUGCAAGGACAUGGCUGCCCGGUGCCCCGAGGAGGCUGCUGAGCCCCAGGCCAUGGUCCCCUCUCGCAGGACGUGGAACCUGGGAGCCACGCCCUCGCUGCGGGGCCUGUGGAGAGUGGGCCGGGCCCCGGAGCCCGAGCCGGGGAUGGCUCGCCCCGCCCCAGCCCCAGCCAGCCCGGCCGCCCGCCCUUUCCCACACACCGGCCCGGGGAGGUUGAGAACUGGGCGUGGAAAAGAUACCCCAGUCUGCGGUGACGAGGACUCCAGUGCCCGAAGUGCAGCUCGCCCAGCCCUAGCUCAGUGCCGAGCCCUUAGCGUGGACUGGGCUGGCCCCGGAAGCCCCCACGGGCUCUACCUGACCCUGCAGGUGGAACACCUGAAGGAGAAGCUCAUUAGCCAGGCCCAGGAAGUGAGCCGACUGCGAUCUGAGCUGGGGGGCACCGACUUGGAGAAGCACCGGGACCUGCUGAUGGUGGAGAAUGAGCGACUGAGACAGGAGAUGCGGCGCUGCGAGGCCGAGCUGCAAGAGCUACAUGCAAAGCCAGCAGGUCCCUGCCCGGGUUGUGAGCACAGCCAGGAGAGUGCCCAGCUCCGUGACAAGCUGUCCCAACUGCAGCUGGAGAUGGCGGAGAGUAAAGGCAUGCUGUCAGAGCUGAACCUGGAGGUGCAGCAGAAGACUGACCGGCUGGCUGAGGUGGAGCUGCGGCUCAAGGACUGCCUGGCUGAGAAGGCACAGGAGGAGGAGCGACUCAGCCGGCGCCUGCGUGACAGCCAUGAGACCAUUGCCAGCCUGCGGGCCCAGUCCCCGCCUGUCAAGUAUGUCAUCAAGACAGUGGAGGUGGAGUCGUCUAAGACCAAGCAGGCCCUCAGCGAGUCCCAGGCCCGCAACCAGCACCUGCAGGAGCAGGUGGCUAUGCAGAGGCAGGUGCUGAAGGAGAUGGAACAGCAGCUGCAGAGCUCACACCAGCUGACCGCGCGGCUCCGGGCGCAGAUUGCCAUGUACGAGUCAGAGCUGGAGCGGGCCCAUGGGCAGAUGCUGGAGGAGAUGCAGUCCCUGGAAGAGGACAAGAACCGGGCCAUUGAGGAGGCCUUUGCCAGAGCCCAGGUGGAGAUGAAGGCUGUGCACGAGAAUCUAGCAGGCGUCCGGACCAACCUGCUGACCCUGCAGCCAGCACUGCGGACCCUCACCAACGACUACAACGGGCUCAAGCGGCAGGUGCGUGGCUUCCCGCUGCUGCUGCAGGAAGCCCUCAGGAGUGUCAAGGCCGAGAUAGGCCAGGCCAUCGAGGAGGUCAACAGCAACAACCAGGAGCUGCUGCGCAAGUACCGCCGUGAGCUGCAGCUGCGCAAGAAGUGCCACAACGAGCUCGUGCGGCUGAAAGGGAACAUCCGAGUGAUUGCUCGUGUCCGGCCAGUCACCAAAGAGGAUGGGGAAGGACCUGAGGCCACCAAUGCUGUGACUUUCGAUGCCGACGACGACUCCAUCAUCCACCUGCUGCACAAGGGAAAGCCUGUGUCCUUCGAGCUGGACAAGGUGUUCUCCCCACAGGCCUCGCAGCAGGACGUGUUCCAGGAGGUGCAGGCCUUGAUCACCUCUUGCAUCGAUGGCUUCAAUGUCUGCAUCUUUGCGUACGGCCAGACGGGUGCCGGCAAGACAUACACGAUGGAGGGGACCCCCGAAAACCCAGGUAUCAACCAGCGGGCCCUACAGCUGCUCUUCUCCGAGGUGCAGGAGAAGGCGUCUGACUGGGAGUACACCAUCACCGUCAGCGCCGCGGAGAUCUACAACGAGGUCCUCAGGGACCUGCUAGGGAAAGAGCCUCAGGAAAAACUGGAGAUCCGGCUAUGCCCAGAUGGCAGUGGGCAGCUGUAUGUACCAGGGCUGACUGAGUUCCAGGUGCAGAGCGUGGACGACAUCAACAAGGUGUUUGAGUUUGGCCACACCAAUCGCACGACGGAGUUCACCAACCUCAACGAGCACAGCUCCCGCUCGCAUGCGCUGCUCAUCGUGACGGUGCGAGGCAUGGACUGCAGCACGGGCCUCCGCACCACGGGGAAGCUGAACCUGGUGGACUUGGCUGGCUCCGAGCGCGUGGGCAAGUCGGGGGCUGAGGGCAGCCGCCUGCGGGAGGCACAGCACAUCAACAAGUCGCUGUCAGCUCUGGGGGACGUCAUUGCUGCCCUGCGCUCCCGCCAGGGCCACGUGCCCUUCCGCAACUCCAAGCUCACCUACCUGCUGCAGGAUUCACUUAGUGGUGACAGCAAGACUCUCAUGGUGGUACAGGUGUCCCCUGUGGAGAAGAACACUAGCGAGACGCUCUAUUCCCUCAAGUUUGCUGAGCGGGUGCGCUCUGUGGAGCUGGGGCCUGGGCUACGCAGGGCAGAGCUUGGGUCCUGGUCGAGCCAGGAGCAUCUAGAGUGGGAGCCGGCUUGUCAGACGCCACAGCCCUCAGCACGGGCCCACUCAGCCCCCAGCUCUGGGACCAGUAGCCGCCCUGGAUCCAUCCGGAGGAAGCUGCAGCCCUCGGGGAAGUCGCGGCCACUGCCCGUGUGACAGAUGUGACCCCGCUGGGCCUGGAGCUGGGCCCCGAGGCCUCACUGGCCUGUUCCUGCUGUAGCGCCAGGACCCCCGGAGGUGGAGGCAAGAGUGAAGGCUCCUCUUCUGCCCCGUCUCCCCUCAGAGAUGAGAAACAUGUUCAGAAGGAAACGGUGUCUCGGCUGUGGCUCUGGGUGCAAAUUGCAUGGGCGGAAAAGCGGGGGUGGCUGCUCUUCCUGGCGGGCCUGGGCUGUCAGUGAGCUGGGCCCCGUGAGGAGGGCAGGAGAGUGGAGGAGGGCGGGCCUCUCACCCAGGCUGCCCCAGCUCCUCUCCUCAGCUUGCAGGACUGGCCAGCCCCCUCCUUCGUGGGUGGGCAAGGAGCCUCCUGGCAGGCUCAAGAACCAUGCGGACUGGGGUGGGUUGGUGGCACCAAGGGCAGCCCUCCCCGCCCCUCUCCUUCAAGGAGGGGUCCCGCAGCCGGGGUGUGUACAGAGGCGCACGGCCUCCUGCCACGGGGCCGUGCCGUAUUUAUGGCUGACAGAGACAGCCAGUGGGUGGGGGAUUCUGCUGCUCCCUCACCUGCCUGGCUCACUGGUCUCUUGAAUUUUCUUCCCUCUGAAAUCCUAUUUAAGAACUUUUGGAAGCUUAGCCAUUUUUACUUAUUAAAAUAAAAGCCUUUUUACACAA